GUUAUCCACAAAAUUUGUUAGCCUGUUCAAUAUGGAAAUACGGUUUGACGGCAAACGCGCCCUUGUCACUGGUGCUGGGAAGGGAAUCGGCCGUGGCUUGGUUGAGAGUCUCGUGAAAUGUGGAGCAGAAACGUACGCUUUGAGUCGGACGCAAGCCGAUCUUGAGAGUCUGAAAGCUGAGAUACCCAGUGUUCAUACUGUGCAAGUGGACCUAAUGAAUUGGGAGGAAACCAGAAAAGCCGUCCAGAACAUUGGUCCUGUUGAUUUGUUGGUAAACAACGCUGGUAUAAACAUAUUACAGAACUUCUUGGAUGUGACGACUGAGGCGUAUGAUCGGAUCUUUGACAUCAACCUAAAGGCAGUUUUUAAUAUUUCUCAGAUUGUAUGUAAAGGGAUGAUUGAACGGGGCGUCACUGGGUCCGUGGUAAACGUCUCCAGCCAAGCCUCAAUGGUCGCUUUACCCGCUCAUGCUGCGUACUGCGCCAGCAAAGGUGCUAUAGAUAUGCUGACCAAGGUGAUGGCAUUGGAACUGGGACCCCACAAGAUCCGUGUGAACGCCGUUAACCCGACCAUUGUCAUGACUCCCCUAGGGAAAAUGUCAUGGUCAGAUCCUGCUAAAUCGGGACCUCAGUUAGCCAGAACUCCAAUGGGCAAAUUCGCAGAGGUAGAAGAUGUGGUGAACGCGAUACUCUUUUUGCUCAGCGACAAGGCGGGCAUGAUUCAUGGCAGUACACUUCCGGUGGACGGUGGAAGAUUGACCAAUUAAGUUCAAGUAUUGGCGCCAGAGUGCAGUACACUUAACUUUUACAUAUGCCCUAACAUGAGACAGGGUAUCUUUAAUCAGAUUGUGCAGUCGGCUCAAAAAUUGACGUUGGCGUGGGGCGAUUUUUUUUAGAGAUGGGUUUAAUUUUCAAAUGCAGCAGGGUUCAUGCAAAUCAUCACAUUAUGAAAAUGGUGCUACUUGUGUAUUCCAAAAUGUCAGCCUUGACAGCAAAAUGAAUCUAAUGGGGAGAAUCUAAAAUGAGGUAUAAUUGUUAUAUGGUUGUAUGCUGGGGUCGUGGUUCGUGAGAAAAACAUCACAGGAAAUGUUUAUGUUCGCCAGUGGUAUAUAUACAGCAGAACGAUUCAAGGUACACUCAAGUUCCACAUCGAUUGUGGAUAUUCCAUUUACUACAUUCGUGUUGAUCCAUCAUUUUGUUGUUCAGAUACAUGUGUAUUAACUCUAUCGGUGACUAUGGAUGGCAUAUGCAUAGUUUACUUGUCAAGAGACUAUUUCCAAUCCUUAGUUUCGCUGUUAAUGCAGAAAAUAGAUCUAUCAGAUUUCCUUUCCGUUAUAUAAGAAUGCGUGUGUGUUGAAUACUACAUGUAUUCUACAGUAUAGGCCUAUGGCUUGAAAUGGUUAACGUUUACAUCCAUGGUAUGAAAAUUAUGUUGGUUUGAUUAACAACAAUAUUGUUUUGAAAGUUUUCUGUACAAUUGCAAUUUAUUGACAAUAUACCUGAGGUGACUGUUAGAUCUAUAUUAUCAUAUAUAGUGUAUAUUUGGAUCAUGAGAAAGCCGAGAGAAGUUCGCUGUGAAGUUCAAUAGUAGGCAUUUGCUCAAAUGUCUUCUCGUAUUCUGUGAUCGGUAUUCCCAGAAUAAGGACCCGUUUUACCCAAUGUUACAGCACACAUACAGAGUAUAUACAGCCGUAAAUAUUUUACGGAGUUAGCAGAUCUCAAAGGCGCUACACCAACAGGUGGGAUGGGAUAAUUAAAUGGUAUAUCUAGCCAUACAUAACAUAUGUAAUCAGUAUUACUACACAUAACACGAAAUAGAAAUCCAUGAUUUUAGAAAUAAAAUACAAAUAUCGUC